UGCUGGUGGCGCCGGGGUCUCCGUUGCUACCCAACCUGCCCCCUCGACCCCCGUGCUGGACCCGCUGCGGCCUCCCUCGCUGCAGGACUCUGUGCUACAGGUGAAGCCCAGUCAUGAGUGCAGUGUUGAAACGCAAGUUUGAUCAGCUGGAGGAUGAUGCUGCCUCACCCUCCUCCUCCUCAUCCUUCUGCUCGUCGGGAUCCCCGGGCUCUUGCUCAUCCGGCUGGACCUCCGACGAGGAGGCCCCAUCUGGCAGAGCCUCCCCCGGCCAGGAGUUCAUCCCCCCAUCCAUCCUCAGGAAGGGCCACCUGCAGGCGAGGAAACGCGUGGCGUUCGCAGGAGUCACGGUGUUUUACUUCCCGCGCUGCCAGGGCUUUACAGGCGUGCCCAGCCGGGGCGGCUGCACCCUGGGCAUGCUCCGUCGGCACAGCUCCUGCCGCUGCUUCACACUGGCCGAGUUCGCUGCUGAGCAGGUGCGCGGGCGGCGGGAGCGCCUGCGGGCACGGCUGAAGGAGGAGAAGCUGGAGGCCUUGAAGUGGAAGCUGACUCUGAGCGGCAUGGAGGAGGGGGACGAGGCCGACGGGCUCACGGUGGAUGACGUAUCAGAUGUGGAGGUGGACCUAAGUGGCGGAGAGCUGGAUGGAGGGUCCUUCCUGCAGCCGAACCCCCCCAGGCGGCGCCGAGAGCUGCUUCGGGCAGCGGGCGUGCGCAAGAUUGACCGGGAGGAGAAGCGGGAGCUGCAGUCACUGCGCCGCUCCCGUGAGGACUGCGGCUGCAGCUGCCAGGACGUUUGUGAUCCCGAGACCUGCAGCUGCAGCCUUGCCGGCAUCAAGUGUCAGAUGGACCACACGGCGUUUCCUUGUGGCUGCACCCAGGACGGCUGCCGCAACCGUGAGGGCCGCGUGGAGUUCAACCAGGCACGUGUACAGACACACUUCAUCCACACAGUCACACGGCUGGAGCUGGAGCGGAGCCAGUGGGUCGCCGGCCAGAGUGACCAGACCCCUGAGCCACCCCCCUGCCCACAGCUCCCGACGCCAAUGGAGGAGGAGGAAGAGGAGGAACGGGAGAGGGCGCCCCCAGAGGCCACCCUCCCCCUCGGUCUUGGGUUGGACUGCGGGGCUGUGGCCAGCCAGAGCGAGGAGUCUGAGGGACCGGCUGUCAGGCCACACUUGGACGCUGGAUUCGGCCGGACCCUGCCCCCCUCUGGCCUGGAUGGGAGCUCUCCCUGUACCCCCUCCCUGGCUGCGGGCGAGCUGGGGGCCAGGGCCUCACUGGACCUUGACCUGGCCGACUCCUUGGACCUCUUCCAGGUCCUGGCAGAGUAUGGGCUGGGGCCGCUGGACCACCCUCUGCGGGAUGCUGAGCUCCUGGAUGGCCUGUCAGCCCUGCAGCCCCCUUUCCCUGGCCUGGCCCCCUCCCCUGGAGAUCCGGGCCCCUGUGUCCUAGAGUCCCUGCUGGCGCUGGCUGAGGCUGGACCCGAGGCCCCCGCCCCCUUUGCGGACAGCCAGCUGCUGGAGGAUGCGCUGCUCCAGGCCUCAAUGAUGGAGGCGGUGCAGGUGUGAGGGGAGGCAAGCCCCUCUGAUUGGCCAUGGCACAGAUGAUGAUCUGAGUUUUGUGCAGAACCUUGCCACCCCUCCUGGACCAUGGGCAAUCGCUGCUACUCCCUUGAAGCUACAGCGGUGGGCCCACACAGGCAGUGGUCAAGGAGUCUCUCCACCCAGUCCCUUCCCCCUAUUUAUUGUGGCACCAGCAGGAGGCCUUGCUGGGGGGUGGAGGUGGGGGGGCUUGUUUGUGGCACUCCCUCAGGGGAUUGGGCAGGCUUCCAUGUCCCUUUGGGAGCAGGAGUCCAGACCACCCUGCAGCCCUGUGGCCGGAUGCUGGCCUUCAUGUUCAUGACCCUUCACCCUGACAGAUGGCACCCCCCCCACAAGGGCUUGCGUUGGCAGAAUUGCUCCUCCACACCCGAUACAGGAAGCAGUGGCUUCAGGCCUGCAGUGGGGGGAUCCGUCAGGUGGUUUCAGCACGGCCAGUGGUAAGGGCUGUGGUCUCUACGGGGGCAGGCGGAGCCUCAGUGUCUGGACAAAGCUGCCCUUACCAGCCCCCACCUCCCAGAAGUCCAGAUCCUUCUGGAUACAGCCCUGCCCUAGAAGGCGAGACUCGUUUUCUGUAAUUUAUUUGGUGCACUUGUCGGGUCAUGAGCUGUGCUCUCAGGUGGAGUCUUUGACCUGGGCCUCCUCUGGGCCCAGACAGAGCUAGGCCAGAUAUUUCUAGGUGUGGAUAAGCAGACAGUCUCUGUGCCUGCUUCCUCAGGUGUGUGUUUAUCUCCGGGCCCGGUACAAGUAAAACCGCAUCUCUUCUUCCUGA